CACUCGCAUGCCCUGAAUAUGUUGAAACAGCCGAGCGCAAUGAGAGCCUUGCACGUAUGGCAGUUUUGCUUUUGUUUCAAGUGUGUUACAUCCUAUCCGUGAGUGUUCCCACACGGUCCAUCCUGCAUCAAUUUGCAUAUGAAAGACGCACAGGACAAGACGACCAAUCAGCGAGCAAUGGAUGCUUCUGGGUUCCUACACAGGAAUGAAACGCACUGCUCUCUUCCACCGCGCUAGGCGUUUUAUGUACUGUACCUGGCACAGUGUCUAUGACAUUUUCUUGCAAGCUAUUAUUUCUGAGACAGUGGAUUGUGUGUAGUCUGACCCCGAUAAGAGUUUGAUUGAUUCCUCAUUGUAUAGGUGGGAAAAAAGAAUAUUCAUAAUGGUGUGUGGCGGAUUUACCUGUUCGAAGAAUUCCCUCUGCGCGCUCAAUAUCCUCUACGUCAUGGUCAGUCUGCUCAUGAUUGGUAUCGCGGCCUGGGGAAAGUGGUUCGGGCUGGUGUCCAGUUUCCAGGUGGUGGGCGGAGUCAUUGGAGUGGGAGUGUUCCUCUUCAUUGUGGCACUGGUAGGACUCAUUGGAGCCAUGAAGCACCAUCAGGUGCUGCUCUUCUUCUACAUGAUCAUUCUGUUCAUGGUGUUUGUGGUGCAGUUUUCUGUGUCCUGUGCAUGUCUGGCCAUCAACAAAGACCAGCAGGCUCAGCUCCUGGAGGUGGGAUGGAAUAACUCCCAGAUCACACAGAGAGAUGUGGAGAAGACCCUCAACUGCUGUGGCUUCUCCUCUGUCGACUACAAUGGGACCUGUUACGCUCCCUGUUUCACCAACCACUUGUGCGCCACAUGUGCAGCUAAGAUCCAGGAGCACGCCGACGACGUGCUGCACUUUGUGGGUGGCAUCGGUCUGUUCUUCAGCUUCACCGAGAUACUGGGUGUGUGGUUAACAUACAGAUAUCGAAAUCAGAAGGAUCCUCGUGCAAAUCCAAGUGCUUUUCUGUAAUCAGUAUUUGUGUUUAAAAUACUCUGCACUAUAUUUGGGACUUUGCAAUAUUUUCUUCAGCAGAAAAAAAAUCCCAUUUUAAUUGACUGUAUCAUGUAGGGGUGAAGGAUGUUUGGUAUUUACUUCAGUACUAUGACUGCUCCUGAACUGAAUGAACCGCUGUCCAGGUCUGUGUUAAUAGUUUUCGCGGAGGCCUCAGCUUAUAAAUUGUAUCUAAAGGGUUAGAUUUAAAACAGUCAAAAUGCAAUGUUAUGAAAAUUGCUGAUCUUUUAAUCUCACAGCUCAAAACAUCUGAAGUCUGAGAUAUGCAUGAAAGGACAUUUUUUUAAAUUGUUUUUGUUUUUGGUGUUGUUUUUCAAUGUGUUAUUGCUGUAUCACAGAUUCCUACAUUCCUUUGAGGCCUUCCUAUGUGCAUGUUAGACUUUGAGAAAAAAUAAGAAAAUUUAAUUUAUUUAAUAGAACACAUUUUAUUUAAAAUAUAGACAAUAAUUUCAACAACUACAAGUAUUACUGUUACAUACAUUAUUAUUCAGUAAGUUAAAGUGUUAUGACAGCCUGUUCCCAGCUUAGGUUGCGUUUGCCUUGUCGGACAUUUUUAGUUGUGUUCUACAAUCAAUAGAUAGCAGAUCCAUUAAAAAGAAAUGGCUGGUUAGUCUUGUUGCCUGAGUUUUGUCGCACAUGCAUACAGUUACAAAGCAAUAAGAGAAAAACAGUUACCCUCUACAAGACAAAUUGUGUAAAAUGAAGACAAAUUACAUCGUGGUUGAAGAUAAAAUAUGAAUCAAUCAAGCUGUAUGAGUAUUUUUUAUUAAAGAUUUACCAAAUUGCAAAGCAGCAGCUGUGUGUUGCCAAUGAUUUUUAAUCUGUGCCUACAUUUAUAAUCUAUUAUAUGGGGGAAUCAAAAUUAAAGUUGAUUAGUUGAUUAAUUGUGUCCUAUAUUCAGGUAUUUUUGGAGUUGUUGUAUUAAGUUACACUAGCAUAUUUGGAUAUUUUAAAAGAUAGGCCUCCAUCGUUUAUAGUGUUUGCCAGUUUUUACAGUUUUAACUUGCUGGCUAGCUAGUGUAACAUUACUCAAUUUCUAGUUUUGG